AAUCCUUUCUACAUCAAAUUUUUAUCUUCAUCAUUCGAAAAUUCUGUAUUGCAAAGAAAAAUGGGGUAAUCUUUACAGCAAUAGAAAAAACGGUGGGAGAAAUUUGAAGAAGUGACUCUGGAUUUCUUAUCCAUGGUUGAGCUGUUAUAUUUUGCAGGCAUUAUCAGUAAAGACGGUGUUUUGACGUUUUUGUAAAAUGGGUCUUUUGGAAAUCCCGUGCCCCCGUAUUAUUCUUGUCGGUUUUGUUAUUUUAUAUUAAUUUUGUUGUGAUUCCUAAUUUCGGUAUAUAGUGAGUGAGAACUAGAAAACUAUGUCAUAUUUUUGUUAGGGAUUCUGCAAAUUCAUACGAUUGAUUUAUUUUUUUCCUCAGAAGAAAUGAUUAUAUGUGUCUUAGAGUAGAAAAGAAAAUCUCUCUUUAUAUAUAUAUAUAUAUAUAUAUAUAUGUAUAGGCAUUUAUAUGCACAAUAAUUCUAUGGUGUUCUUGAUGUAGUGUCGAAGGUAAGGUUUUUUAUUUUGGGGGCGAACGCUUGAUAAAGUAAUUAGCUUAAUAUAAUUGUGGCUGUAUCCUUUGUUUCUCUUUGCUUUUAAGCAAUUUCAAUUCGGUUCUGGGGUUUGUUGAUAUAGGUUUACACGCACUCGUUUUGAUUCGUAAGUUAUUGAUUGUUUACAAUUGUGGUAUGAGGAUGUUCUUUUCUUCUCAUCUGGGGUUCUGUCAAAACUCACUCGGACUGUGGUUUCGUGUCUAGUGCUUUGGAGGCAAAGAGGAAAGCUGGGAUCUAAAUACUGAUUUGUCUCUGCGACACAUGGAUCAUCAAAGGAUUUCAGCAGAUGUAGUGGAGCAUAAAAACGGCAAGUAUUCUCGGAUUCAAGACGCAGAGGAUCCACGGUUGACCCUGUUUGACAAACCCCUUCCUUGUUGUGGUUGUGGAAUUGGAUGGUUUUCUUUUCUACUUGGAUUUGUAUUUCCAUUGAUGUGGUACUAUGCAACAUUCCUCUACUUUCGAAACUACUAUCAGAGAGACCCAAGGGAGAGAGCUGGACUUGCAGCUUCAGCAAUAGCUGCUUUGGUAUGUACAAUUGCAGUGUCCAUUGCAGUACUUGUUGUUGUUUUAUAAUCCUUGUCAAUAUGAUGCCACCUUUGCUCAUAUUUAGAUAUUUCAGCUUCCUCAAUGAAGCUUAAAGCUGAUGGUAAGAUCAAGAUGAAGCCUCCUUUGCUUACAUAAAUUACCAUGCCCAAGAAAAUAAUAUUGGUGUCAUUUCAGUAGCAUUUUAGUUAUUAAAAGUAAUUUAGUAUUUAAAUUUCUCUUUAAUAUUGUGGAUAACUACCAAUGCUUAGUUCCCAUUCACUGGGAUUUUUCAUACAAGUCAGCUUGGAAUCCAAACUUUGGACAUAAAGUAGAGUAAAAUUGUUUGUAAAUCGUAUUGCAGAUAAAUUUAGACUCGCUUGUAUAUUUGGAAGCAAUUGGAAAAGGGUGAUUUCAGCAUUUUGUAGACAGCAA